GGGGCGUGCACGCUAUGAGCUGGUCUUUUCACACCAGCAGGGACACCGAGCACCCACCGAGAGAUUCACCAUGGCCUCAGCACUGAAUUGCACACCCUUUAUGUUGUGUUUUAUUUAUUUUUCGUUACUGUUUGCUUCUGUAUUUUGCGACGCUGAUGCAGAAGAAGAUGAACAUGCCAAGCAUACAUACACAGUGGAGAUGUUCAACGAGGCGGUGCCCACUGCACCCCACUUUGUCAUGUUUUACGCCCCAUGGUGCGGCCAUUGCCAGAGGUUGCAACCUGCUUGGAAUGAACUGGCAGACAAAUACAACAGCAUGGAGAACCCCCCCGUGUAUGUGGUGAAAGUAGACUGCGUCCCGGACACUAAGUUCUGCUCCAAUGUCCACGGAGUCAGGGGCUACCCCACGCUGAAGUUGUUUAGGCCAGACCAGGAAGCCGUGAAGUACCAGGGGUCCAGAGAUCUACAGUCUCUGGAGACCUGGAUGCUGAAGACACUGCAGGAGGAGCCUUCGGAACCAGAGAGUGAACCAGAGCCUCCUAAAGCCCCAGAGCCCAAACAGGGCUUGUACGACCUCACUGCUCUCAACUUCAAGGGACACAUAGCCAAAGGUGCCCAUUUUAUUAAGUUCUUUGCCCCAUGGUGCGGUCACUGCAAAGCCAUGGCCCCAACCUGGGAGCAGCUGGCCACCUCCUUCGAGCACUCUGAAGACGUCAAGAUAGGAAAGGUGGACUGUACUCAGCACUACGAGGCGUGCUCUGACAACGGCGUGCGGGGAUAUCCCACACUGCUCUUCUUCUACAACGGACAGAAGGUAGAUCAGUACAAAGGAAAAAGAGACCUGGACUCCUUCAAAGACUUUGUGGACAACCAACUGAAGGCUGUCGUCGCUCAGGAGCAAGAAAAGGAGGAAGGAAGUGAGGAAGAAAAAGCCAAUGAGAUCCCCACUGAGGAGCCGGCCCAGGAGGAGGUAAAGUCCGGUGUGUUGGACCUCACAGAGAGCAACUUUGAAGAGUCAGUCGCCAAAGGACUCACCUUCAUCAAAUUCUACGCUCCGUGGUGUGGCCACUGCAAGAACCUCGCUCCAACAUGGGAGGAUCUUUCCAAGAAGGAGUUUUCCGGCCUCACUGACGUCAAGAUAGCCAAAGUGGACUGCACUAUUGAGCGCACAAUCUGCAACAAGUACUCUGUUCGAGGUUACCCCUCUUUGAUCAUGUUCAGGGCGGGGGAGCAGGGAGAAGAGCACAAUGGUGGGCGGGACUUGGAGAGCCUGCACAGCUUUGUGAUGCGGCAGGCGAGAGACGAGCUGUAGAGACAGUGAAGGCAGCACUCUCACCACUUUGCAUUUCUGGCCAGUAGGACUCCACUCUCUCUCCUACAGUAGCCAAAACCUCUCUCUAUCUUUCUCUCCACUCGGUUCUCUUCAGACAGGAGUCAGCCAAAGACGGACUGCAGUCUGUUCUUUCUCCUGUGUUAAAGACAGAAUGAUUCAGUGGAGUGUUUGGGACGUGAAUGUAUUCCUCUUUGUGACCCAACCUUUAUCUCCUCAUGUGGAGAGUUCCAUCUUAUGUUGGGUUUGCAAAUGAAGUAUUUCGGACAACCACUUUGCAAGCACUGCUCAAUCAAUCAGAACCAAUUUGCUCACACAGAUUAUUGAAAUGGUAUCACAACAGGACAGAUGUCCAGGUUUCUGCCUGUAGAAAAAAUCAAUUGUUCCUGAUGAACCACUAAAGCCAUUGGACUUUUUGUCGAUGCUAAAUUGAAUACGUUGGAUCUGUUGUAAAAUCAUAAUUAUGGUACUGUCAGUCGAUCAUUUGUUUGUCACCCAAAUGUGAAGUUAAGUGUUGAAUUGAGGGUUUUUCUUUUCAAGCCAGUGAUGGCCUAUCUGACGUAACUCUCAGGGAAACCCCCCCCCAUAGUCUGGAAGAAGUAGUGACGGAGGCUUCAUUGUUAUCACACGUCUGAUUAUGGAACGGUCUUCCACAUUCUCCGACUGCUGUGAUCUCAGCCAUCCCUCUCUCCUCCUCCUAGCCUUCAGGGUCUCAGGCCUGGACCAUGUUGACCCUAGGUUAUGUGAAGAGUAUAGGGCAUCUUUCAUGGUCUAACCCAGGUAUAAACAGUCAAACACAGCAGUUUUUUUGUCAGUAAAAGUUUUUAUGGAUAGCACAUGGUCUAAGGAACUCCAGUGACAGAAGUAUUUUUUUCCUUGUGAGUCAUGGGUGGUGCACUACCCAUGGAUUUUGUACAAAAAGAGUGAAUAAUGGCAAGUUGUAACAUGAGAUUUCAUAAUAAAAAUAAUCAAAAAUA